ACUUCAGACUGACGUCUGCUCAACCUUGAAAGCCGCUACUCCAACACGUCGGCUCAUUUCCCCAGAAGUUCGUGCUCGCACGAGCCUAUCACCCUGGCCUCUUCAACUCUAUAAUUCACUCGCUACCUACGUCUUUUGCUACACAGCGCAAUGACCACCACCGACUAUUCCAAGGCCACCGACGGCACUCGCGUCAUCUCCAUUGACCCUUGGCUUGAGCCGUUUGCACCCGCUCUCCGGGAACGCUAUGCAGUGUACAAGAAGUGGCUGGACAAUAUCAAUUCCACAGAGGGCGGCCUGCUGAAGUUCUCCCAAGGAUACAAGAACAUGGGCUUCCAAGUCGACGAAGCUUCGCAAGAUGUAGUGUACAGGGAGUGGGCGCCGGGAGUGGUGGACGCCUGCCUGAUGGGAGACUUCAAUGGGUGGAACAGGGAGAGCCAUCGCAUGACAAAGGAUCAGUAUGGUGUGUGGAGUUUGGUGUUGAAGGGAAACCCAUCGGGUCAGUGCGCCAUCCCUCAUGAUAGCAAGGUCAAGAUUUCGAUGGUGAUGCCCAGUGGGGAAAGAAUCGAGAGGUUACCUGCUUGGAUCAAUCGCGUCACUCAGGACCUGUCUGUCUCGCCAGUAUACGAUGCCAUCUUCUGGAACCCGUCAAAAGCUCAACGCUACAUCCCUAAGAAUCCCAAGCCCAAGCAACCGGCUGACCUCAAGAUCUACGAAGCACAUGUGGGCAUUGCCACCCCGGAGCCUCGUGUGGGUACUUACAAGGAGUUUACAAAGAAUGUCCUGCCCAAGAUAGGAGACCUGGGAUACAAUGCCAUUCAGCUAAUGGCAAUUCAGGAGCACGCCUACUAUGCUUCUUUUGGAUACCAGAUUACAAGCUUCUUUGCGCCUUCUUCAAGGUACGGUACGCCCGAGGAGCUCAAGGAGCUCAUCGAUGUCGCUCACGGUCUGGGUAUCACCGUCCUGCUGGACAUCGUCCACUCCCACGCUUGCAAGAAUGUCCUGGACGGUCUGAACAUGUUCGAUGGCACUGAUCAUCUCUACUUCCAUGAAGGAGCCAAGGGUCGCCACGAGUUGUGGGAUUCUCGCCUCUUCAACUAUGGUAGUCACGAAGUCCUCCGUUUCCUGCUGAGCAACUGUCGAUACUGGCUCGAGGAAUUCGGCUUCGACGGUUUCAGAUUCGACGGUGUGACUAGCAUGAUCUACACUCAUCAUGGUAUUGGCACAGGAUUCUCGGGUGGGUACCACGAGUACUUUGGCCCAGGAGUCGAUACUGAGGGAGUGGUGUAUCUGAUGCUGGCCAACGAGCUUUGCAGACAGUACAGCCCGGACACCAUCAGCGUCGCAGAGGACGUGUCGGGUAUGCCGGCUCUGUGUCGGCCGGUAGCGGAAGGAGGUAUGGGCUUCGACUACAGGCUGAUGAUGGCUGUGCCAGACAUGUGGAUCAAGCUACUGAAGGAGACGCGGGACGAGGACUGGGACUUUGGCAACAUCUGUCACACCCUUACCAACCGCCGUCACAUGGAAAAGUCCAUUGCCUAUGCAGAGUCGCAUGACCAGGCUCUUGUGGGCGACAAGACGCUGGCGUUUUGGCUGAUGGACAAGGAGAUGUACACGAACAUGUCUGACUUGACGGAGCGCACGCCGAUCAUCGACCGGGGUCUCGCUCUGCACAAGAUGAUCCGACUAAUCACACAUGGGCUUGGAGGUGAGGGAUACCUGAACUUCAUCGGCAACGAGUUCGGCCACCCUGAGUGGCUCGACUUCCCGCGAGCAGGCAACAACUCGUCCUUCCAGCACGCAAGGAGACAAUUCAACCUCAUUGACGGCCCCGAUGCCCAUCUACUGAGGUACAAGUAUCUCUACAAUUUCGACCGCGAGAUGAACAACACCGAGUCCCGCUUCAAGUGGCUCGCCGCUCCCCAGGCCUACGUCUCGCUAAAGCACCAAGGCGACCGUCUCGUAGCCUUCGACCGAGCAGGCGUCGUCUUCAUCUUCAACUUUUCCGAUCAGUCCUACACUGACUUUAAAAUUGGUGUGCCUGAGCCGGGCAAGUACACGCUGGUGUUGGACAGUGAUACAAAGGAAAAUGGAGGACAUGCCAGAUUGGAUCAUGCGAAGACGGAGUGCUUUAGUGAACCGGGAGACUGGAACGGACGUCCCCACAGCAUCAUGGUGUAUGUGCCGUCGAAGUGCUGCAUCGCACUCGCUGUACAGUGAGGAGGAAAUAAUAGAAGUAGUGGAUGGACGUGCAAUGAUACGAAUGAACCCUGAACUUCAGAGGCGAGACCCACU